UUUUUUUAGAAAAUGCUUGGUCUCUAUAGAUGAUUCUAGUAUGCCAAAAAUUCUUCCAAUGGUGAGAUAUGGAUCUGUGCAUGCACAAGUACUAAAAAUUAUGAGAUUUCUUCCUCUUGAUUUUAAGAAGCGAAGAUUCAAUUUUACAACAAAUAAACAUGUGAACUGAUCG